AUGUCGCCCCCAACAGUGCCUCCGAUGGGCGUAGAUGGUGUGUCCGCAUACCUGAUGAAGAAAAGGCACACCCACAGGAAACAGCGGCGCAAGCCCACUUUCCUCACCCGUAGGAACAUUGUGGGCUGUCGCAUUCAACACGGCUGGAAGGAAGGCAACGAGCCUGUGGAGCAGUGGAAGGGCACCGUGCUUGAGCAGGUUUCCGUGAAGCCCACUCUCUAUAUCAUCAAAUAUGAUGGCAAAGAUAGUGUGUAUGGACUAGAACUGCACCGAGAUAAGAGAGUUUUAGCGCUAGAGAUCCUUCCUGAGAGAGUGCCAACUCCUCGCAUUGAUUCGCGCCUGGCAGAUUCCCUGAUUGGCAAGGCAGUGGGUCAUGUGUUUGAGGGUGAGCACGGUACGAAAGAUGAAUGGAAGGGCAUGGUCCUGGCGCGAGCCCCCGUGAUGGACACUUGGUUUUACAUCACCUACGAGAAAGAUCCAGUCCUUUAUAUGUACACGCUGCUGGAUGACUACAAAGCUGGUGACCUGCGCAUCAUUCCAGAUUCCAACUACUAUUUCCCUACAGCAGAACGGGAGCCUGGAGAAGUUGUCGACAGCCUUGUGGGCAAGCAGGUGGAGCACGCCAAAGAUGAUGGGUCCAAGAGAACCGGCAUUUUCAUCCAUCAAGUGGUGGCCAAGCCAUCUGUCUACUUCAUUAAGUUUGAUGAUGAUAUUCACAUUUAUGUCUAUGGUUUGGUGAAAAACCCCUAA